AUGGGCAACAUUGAUACCUCUCAGUAUGAAGUCCAGUUCCCUACGGCUGAUCCAGUGCACUUUCUCCUUUCAUUUCCAACGAUUUCCUUUUUCUUUCUUUCUUUUUUUUUCCUGUCAUUCAUCUUCUUUCUUUUGCUCCAUCUCAAACAAUCUUCCAACAAAUGCCGGCCGUUUUUUCUUUCUUUUCUUUUCUCUGUGGUUUUCUUCUCUUUUUUUCUUCUCUACACUUUGCCUGUGCUCUCGGAUCAGACCCAGAUACCCCUUUACCCCCGUCCAGCCUGUGUCACUGGAACCGGACAUAGGAGUGAGCAGAGCGGAAAUGGGACUGGUACAAAAAGGAACCAACUUAAAAGACCCCGGAAUUUCACGACUCUACUUGUUGUAGCUGUUGGUGUUGGUGUUGGUGUGUUGAUGGGAUGUGACCGGAUUGAUAUUGGAUUUGGAUAUUCCCCUGCUAGCAGACUCCAGGAGUUUCGAUGUCGUUAUGGCUAUGCGUUUCAUGUUAUUUUCUGGUCUCAAAAUAUGGAUCCGAAUUCAUAUAUGGACAAUGUUCUCCGUCCACCUUCUACUUUCCAGUCUCCAGUCUCCAGUAUUGGGGGUUGUACAUGUAGACAUAUAGCCUAG